AUGAUGAAUUAUUCAAAUAAUUCAAUGAGUAGUGGAGUGACUGGUGAUUCUGGUCUUCAAUUGAACAAUGUUGAAGUUUUGUAUACUAAAGUGCAAAGAGUUUUUAUUAAACCACAACAUAACGAGGAACGUCAACGUGAGCUAAGAGUUAAUGUGGAAAUUCAUGCAGGUAUUAGUCCUGUGUGUCGCAAGAGCUUAUGUGUUUUAUUAGCAGAUGAUGACGAUCCUUGCUUUCUUUACUCCUUAUUUAUCACUGAGGAGGAUUUUAAAGUUCUAAAGUCUCAACAGGGAUUAUUAGUAGAUUUUGAUAACUUUGCAACUCAGUUAAUAUGUUUAUUGGAACAAUGUCAAUUACCUUCAGCAAAUUUAUCAAAGCCACCACCAAAGUUUUUAUUGCUGUUAGCAGAAGAAGGUGGAGAAUGGAUAUUCAAAUUGGUUGAAACAAAUAAUUUCAAACAUUUGUGUCAUUUAAGCUUAAAUAUAUCACCUGCAAGUGACUCUAACAUAAAAACACAUAUGGCCAUGAAAAUUAAACAUUUGAAAGAAAAUAUUCUACAACAAAAUAGAAAUGCACAUACUCUUGAAACAAGAUUGAAUGACUUAUUAAACAAAGUAGAAACAAAAACAAAUGAAUUAGAACAACUGGAACAAAAAUAUGCAACAGAAAAAAAUCAAAUGCAAAUAUCUUCAUCAGAACAAAUAUGCUUUGAAAAAGACAGAUUUGCUAAAGCACGAUUAGAGUGGCAGUGUCAAAAUGAAAAAGAAAAAAUAGAGGUAGAACGUAGACAUACAGAAACUGUAAAGCAGCUUCAUACAGAACUUGCAGAACUACGUACACAAAAUUUAACAUAUAAAGAUAAGUUGUCUCUCCUUGAAGCAACAAAUGUGGAACAAAUUAAGCAAUUGCAAAAUCUUGAAAAAGAGCUUAAUGUCACUCAAAGAGAUUUAAACUUAUUAAAAAAGCAAAAUUCUAAAUUAGACACAGAUUACCAUGAAAAGGAUAAAAUGGUGAAUAGUUUAAAAACAAAAGUUGCUGUAUUUGAACAAGAAUUAAAAGAUAAAGCUAUACUUAUUAAUAAACAUACAGAAAUGUUAAAAACAGUAAAAGAACAGAAACAACAUCUUGAGGAUCUGUUAACUGAAAAAGAGGGCCAGUUACAGCGUAAACAAAAUUCGUUGCGAAAUUUAAGUGAUGAACUAGUAAAAGCUAAUGAAAUAUUAACGAAAUUACAAAAUGAACUUGCUUCCACUAAAUCUAAAUUAAAACUAAGAACUAGUAUAGCACUUGAACAGGAAAGGUUAUUAGAUACAAAACAAAAAGAAGUUGGUCAACUAGAAAAUAAAAUGGAAAGUUUAAUAAAAGAAACAAAAGAUGCAAAAAUUGAAGUUGAAAUUUUGAAAGAACAACUUAAAACUCAACAAAAUCACUUAGAGGAGAAACAAAAAAUUAUAAAACAUAACGAUAAUGUAAUUAAUUGGUUAAACCGGCGAUUAACAGAUAAUCAAUCUCCACUACAAAAUGCUGCUGCAGCGGUACCGAUAACUGUACCGUCUUCAAUUCAGUUAACAUUGCCCAGAACAAAUAAGUUGAUGACUAAUAAAUUUGAGACACGUACACCAGUACCCAUUACAAUACAAUCAAAUACAUUAUCUGGACUACCACUGAGAAACCCUAUUGUACAAAAUCCAAAUAUUAAUCAAAGCACACGUAUGACAGCACGAUCAAUGGGUGUUGGUAUCACUGAUAGCACAGUAGGUAUAUCAACAUUUAAUAAAAGUGGUCAAAUUUCCAGUACUAGUACACCUAUGGAACGUAUUAAUUCUUUAAACAAGUUACCUGCAAAUGUUGCAAGUUCUUCUUCAAUGCCGGCCAUUAUAGAAAAUAAUAAUUCAUCUGUACCACCAAAUGGUACUAAGACAAAAAGUACAAGUGUUACAUUACAGGGUGGGUUGCGAAGGGCUGGUUUAACUGACAAACCAAUUUUGCCAUCUGCAUAUUUUCCUAAAACAUUACAUUAA